CUUUUCCCAUAUUCAGUCUGUAAUAAUGUCCCUGACCUUCCGUCGCCUUCUUAACUCUGCUUUCAAACACUCCAAAUUUCUCUCCUCUCUCCAUGUACCCCUACUUCCCUCCACUCAUCCGUCACUCUAUCACCAUCGCUCCUUCUCUUCCUCACUCAACCCAGUUAAUCCUACCCGAACCCGAACUCCCCUUGAAAAACAAUUCGAAACCUGGAUCCAACACCUCAAACCCGGCUUCACCCCAUCCGACGUCGUCUAUGCCUUGCGAGCCCAAUCAGACCCCGAUCUCGCCCUCGACAUCUUCCGAUGGACGGCCCAGCAACACGGAUACAGACACAACUACGAGACCUACCACACAAUGAUCAAGCUUUUAAUCUCCGGAAAGCGAUACCGUGUAACCGAAACCCUAAUCGAAGAAGUCAUUGCUGGUAACUGUCAAAUGUCUAUUCCUUUAUAUAAUUGCAUCAUUAAAUUCUGUUGCGGUCGCAACCUGUUAUUUAAUCGCGCCUUUGAUGUGUACAAGAAAAUGCUGAAAUCAGAGAAUUGUAAGCCCACGCUUGAGACGUAUACUUUGUUGUUGAAUUCAUUGCUUAGGAGGUUCAAUAAGUUGAAUGUUUGUUAUGUUUAUUUGCAUGGGGUUAGGUCUUUAACGAAGCAAAUGAAAUCAUUAGGAGUUGUACCUGACACGUUCGCGUUGAAUCUGAUCAUUAAGGCUUAUGCUAAGUGUCUUCAGGUGGAUGAAGCUAUAAGGGUUUUUCGGGAGAUGGGGUUGUACGGAUGUGAGCCCAAUGCAUAUACGUAUGGGUAUGUUGUGAAGGGGUUGAGUGAAAAGGGGAGGGUGGGGCAGGGUUUAGGGUUUUAUAAGGAAAUGAAGGAGAAGGGGUUGGUGGCAAGUGGUACUUGUUAUAUGAUUUUGAUUUGUAGUCUUGCAAUUGAGAGGAGAUUUGAGGAUGCAAUUGAGGUUAUGUUUGAUAUGUUGGGGAACCGUAUGGGGCCGGAUUUGUUAACGUAUAAAACUUUGUUAGAUGGUAUGUGUAGGGAAGGGAGGAGUAAUGAGGGUUUUGAGUUGCUUGAGGAGUUUCGUAGAAGGGAUGUGCUUAUGGGUGACAAGAAUUACAAGAUUUUGUUGAAUGGAUUGCAUUUUCUUCGUCAGGGAUAGCUGUUUUCUGUUAUAAGAACUUCAAGAGAAAGCAAAUAUUUCAAAGCUAUUAAAUGAGAUAAUAUCUCCCAUUUGAGUGAUUUUGUAGUGACUUCCAAAUUCUGGAUAUAAGAUUGGAUAUGGUGUCAUGAUCCUAACCAGAUAUUCUCUAGAGAAAUUCACCUUUAUUUGUCUUUCUUACAUAUAAAUGAAUAUGCUAUCAGUGGAAAUGAUAUUUGUUCAAUUACCAGUUCCUAUGGAUGGUGAACUGAUCGCUAUUUGUUGAAAGCUCAUAAUUUGAGACAUAUGGUACAACUCUUUAAAGAGGCAAAGUUCUUUGAACCAUUUCAUGCCAUUUCGCUUUCUUAUGGGGCAUUAUAAAAUGGAGAUGGAAGGGAUCUGCAUUGUUUUGGAAGCUCCCUCUCAUCUCUGAAGCGAAGACGUGUAUGAUAUCAGCUGAACGGGAACAGGCUGUAGAAGAUUUUGUGCCAUAUUAGGCGUUUGAGCUGCUGCUGCUGCUGCAAAAGUUGAAAGCCGGGAGAAUGUUCUUAACUUGUAGUAUAUAGUAUCUUAUUUAUUGAUGCUAUAUGUUGGGAGCAUCCAAACCGUGAAUUAGAUUGUACCUUUUAACAUUUAUAGAUUUUUAUCUUAUGAAAAGUUAUUUUCUCA